AUGGCAGAUUUCGGCGCUUACCCGCCGAACAUGGCGCCCCAAAAUGCCCUCAUCGUCCGACAAGCAGCAGGCCAGAACCACGAGGUCGUUCAAUACACAGCAGAAGACCUCUCGCGGCCAACACAAGGCCCCGCCAACCCCUUCAAAGAUGAAGUCAACUCUCUAAAACGAAAAAAUGUUCUCACGGGCUAUGCGGAAGAGACAUAUAUCAGCGAACACACCUUCAGAAGCCAACAUCGAGCGGUGGAGCGCGGACCGGGCAGAGAGUACCAGGGCGGUGUGGCACAGAAGGAAGAGGCUGCUAGGAUACGGGCGAAGAGGCAGAAGAAAGGGGAUGCGACGGUCGCGGAAGGCGAUAAUGCAUAUGUCGGUCCGUGGGCGAAGUAUAAGCAGGCGGAGUACGAGGACGUCGAGGAAGGAGACGGGUUGGCAAGUGGGGAGGAGUACGAGGAGGUCACAGACGAGGAGGACGUCAUACUGAGCGGCGCCGUCGUGCCUGCGCUACCUCAAGCUAUUGCGAAACGGAAAGAGGCCGAGGAGCGAGGCGCCGAGACGUCGAAGUUUGAGGGCAGCGAACAGUAUGAUUACCAGGGCCGAUCGUACAUGCACGUUCCGCAGGAUCUGGAUAUUGAUUUACGGAAGGAGCCGGGCAGCACGAAGAAUUACGUGCCGAAGAAGCUGGUACACACAUGGAAAAGCCAUACCAAGCAGAUUUGCGGACUCAGGUUUUUCCCUGGCUCAGGACAUCUUAUGCUGUCUGGGAGUGCGGACACGACGGUCAAGAUUUGGGAUGUGUAUCAUUCGAAAGAGCUGCUACGGACGUAUUCGGGCCAUACGAAGGCGCUGGCGGAUGUCACGUUCAAUCCCUCUGGUACUCAGUUCUUGUCGGCUUCAUAUGACCGCAUGAUGAAGCUGUGGGAUACAGAGACAGGGCAGUGCGUAAAUCGAUUCACUACGGGUAAAACCCCUCAUGUUGUAAGAUUUAACCCGGACCCUGCACAUGCGAACGAAUUUCUGGCCGGCAUGUCCGACAAGAAAAUCGUGCAAUUCGAUGUCCGCACCAGAGAAAUCGUGCAAGAAUACGAUCACCAUCUCGCAGCGAUUAACACGAUUACUUUCGUAGACGAAAACCGCCGCUUCAUGACUACCUCCGACGACAAGUCUCUCCGCGCCUGGGACUACAACAUCCCCGUGCCCAUCAAAUACAUUGCAGAACCACACAUGUACCCCAUGACGCGGGCGUCGCUCCACCCGUCCGGCAAAUACGUCGCCUUCCAGUCCUCUGAUAACAACAUCUUCGUUUACGGCGCCAACGACAAGUUCCGCCAGAAUCGCAAGAAGGUGUUCAAGGGGCACAACAACGCCGGAUACGCGGUGGACGUGGCGUGCAGCCCCGACGGGCAGUUCGUCGCGAGCGGCGACACCGGCGGGUACGUGUGCUUCUGGGACUGGAAGACGUGCAAGAUGUGGCACAAGAUGCUGGCGAGCGACGGGGCGGUGACAUGCGUGGAGUGGCACCCGCAGGAGACGAGCAAGGUCGUUACGGCGGGGCUGGACGGGGCGAUCAAGUACUGGGAUUGA